UGGUUUGCAUGCCAAAGGUUCUAAGUUCAAUCCCGAGCAUCUCCAGAUAAAAGAAUCAAGCAACAAGUGAUAUGUAAGACACCUGCUUGAAAUCCUGGAGAGCUGCUGCUAGUCCGAGCAGGCAAUACUGACUUCAAUAGACCAAUUAGCUGAUUCAGUAUAAGGCAGCUCCAUGUGUUCAGUUUCAAAUGUCCCAGGAGGUCUCUCACCCAUGAGUCUAGUCAGUGCCAGGAUGAGAGAUUUCCUGGGAAAUUCUGGAAGCCGUCUUAGCCCCAUGCAUGAAGAAAGUCAAACAAUAAAGUCAAUUUUAUGCUACUAGAAUCUGUCCUGCUUCUCCGCACGGUCUGCUCCGGGGCCAACCCCUUUCUUCCCUGCAGUGCGGUCCUUUUUCUCAGGAAAAGUACCAUUCUCUCUGAAAAUGCUCUCUCUUUACAGGGCGAACGUGGAAAGAGAGGCAGGAAUGGAUUUACUGGACCGCCAGGAUCUCCUGGGCCACAAGGGAACGAGGGCACACCAGGCAAUCCAGGGGACAAGGGCAGCAAAGGCGAGGCAGGCCUUGGCAGAGCAGGACCAAGGGGACCACGUGGGCUUCCUGGGCCCCCGGGAGAAGAAGGAAUCAUAGGAGUUCGUGGCCCAGUUGGCAUGAUGGGGCCAAACGGCAUCGCAGGACUGAAAGGAGAAAAGGGUGAUGCUGGCUUUCCUGGGCCCAAAGGAGAAAGGGCUCUUGACGUGUUGGCUUUUGGAUUCGGUGGCAAGAACCGGGUGGUGGUACUCGGUGGUGGUUCUCAGCACUCCGAGUCUUCUGUUGAACUACUUUCUGUGUGUGCCAGGAAUGGUCUCUGCACACUUACAGACAGCCUCCCCCUAUCCUGA